CAAAAAAAUUGUUUUCUUUUAAAAAAAAAAAAAAUUUAUAUUAUUUAUAAAUUUUAGACCAGUAGAUAUUUUUCGACCUUGUACUUUCCUUACCACAUUUACGUAUAAUUAAUUGAACUCAAUCAUGUAUGCUCAGAGGAAUCAAACUUCGAAUGCUUUGCUCACUCAAGCUUUUCAUCCACCUUCAGCUGAGGAUCAAUUUUCUCAAAAUUUUCUAGAGGAACAGCAGCAACAACAGCAAUUUAAUCAAGAACAAUUAGAGGAGAUCCAAGAACAAUUAAAUUCUUCCAAUCUUAUUCAACGCAUCCAAAUGACCGAUAGUAGUAAUUUUCCUUUUCAGGCUUUUGAAAAUAAUGCAAUACUUGGAAGUUCUCUUCCUUCCGACUGGAUAUAUGGGAGCGAUGAAAUAAAUGGAUUUGUAGAUGGCACAGGGUUUGGUGGUGAUAAUGUUUUUGUUAAUGGGUUGAUUUCUCAAAAUUUUGUUGAUAAUUCUUGGCUUGCUCAAACUACCGAACAACAAACUCUCCAACAUAUGGGUCAACAAGAACAAAUCCAUGCAUCAUUAUCCAACUCCCUUUCUGAUGCUGAGACUCAACAAAAUUCAGAGUCUCAAAAUAAUGAUCAUGAUCAUUUAAGAGCUCAGACGCCAGGUCCUAUACAGAAAACUAUUAUUCCAAAUUAUUUAAACAUUCGUCGUCGAAGUUUAUCCGCUGAUAAUAUUCAUGCAUUAGCAAAAGCGCAACAGCAAGCAAAUCGCAAGGUUAUAAUUGCUACAUCGCAACAAUCAUCAAUGGCCUCUGCAAUGAACUUUGAACAACAAAUUCAAUUUUCUUCCAUUCAAAACACGAAACAGCAAACAUUAAAUCCUAACGGAUUACAAAUUGAUGAUGCAAAUAAUAACCAAAAUAAUAAUGAAAAUGAUGGGGAUGUUAAUAAUCAUAAUUCACAAAAUGCUUCUGGAAAUACGAGCCCAAAUUCACAAAAUAAUCGACCACAUUUAUCGAGAACUUCCAGUGCUAGCCCAAUUAAUCAUGCUCAAAGGUUCAAUGAAUUACAAGCUAGAUUUAAAGUAAAAUUGGAUAAAAGAACACAAAGAAGUAUGCCAAAUAUUCAAUUAACUGCAGCCGCUCAGAAUGCUAUGUCAUUAUCCCAAUCACAAGCUAAAACAAACACUUCAGUAUCGGGAACUGGUACUGUUCCAAUUAUGGAUUUAUCAUCUUUAUCUACUCCCAACACACCAACAUUUCCACCUGAAAAAUCUACUCUUAAACCACCAAACAAUGCACCUCGUCGUGGACAUAUGCGUAAACGUUCUCUCUCUGCACCUACUGCUCCUUUUCCAUCCGCGCAAUUACCGGGUUCAAUUCCUUUGCAACCAGCACAAUCAUUUCCGCUUAAUUUUCCUCUUUCUUCUUCUUUCCGUAGGCCUAAUGCUUUACCUAUUCAAAUUCAACGAAAUCCAAAACAUAAUCAUAAUAGUCCUUCUAUGUCUCCUGAAGAGUAUCAACGUAAAUUAGAUGAAGAACUUGAAAAAGUUGAUUUUGAGGAUAUUACUGUCAGUGAACUUAAAGAAAUGUUAAGACAACGCGGAAAACCUGCAACAGGCAAAAAGGCGGUAUUAAUGCAAAGAUUACAAGAAGAAGUAGAAUACGUUAAAGCAAUGAAAAAUCAUAAUCAACAACAGAAAAAUAACGAAUUUGAUGCAGUUGCAACUUCGGAAUUUCAAGGAUUUCAACAACCCUCAUCUGCUCCUCCAAUGACCACGGAAUUUGAUACGUUUGAAAUCAUAAAUCCGAUGUCAAUGAAUGUAUCCAUGUCUGAUAUGAUGAGAUUGAAUGUUCCGGAUGGGGCCGACCCGAAUGUUCUUUUAAAACAAGAACAGGGAAACGAAAAUAAACUUAAUAUUGACAAUGGACAACAACCUGGGUCAAUAGUACCAACGUCAUCAAACGAUACUGUAGCCGGAAUGUUGGUACAACAGGAUUUUCUAAAUUACACGACGAAUAUGUCCUCUAUUUCUCAUCAAUCUGCACAACAUCUGCCGAUGCAGCUCGAAUUACAACAAGAUGGGAUGACAUUUGGCGGCGGAUGGUGAAUUUAAUUGGAUUUGGCUGGAACCAAAGAAAUAUAGAAUUUGAUAUUGAAAAUAACUUUUUUUUUUACAAUUU